GCGGCCAGAACAUGGCGGAACAGAUCCCUCUGUACCCGGUGCGCAGCGCGGCGGCCGCGGCCAGCUGCAAACGUGCGGCCUACUUCAGCGCGGCGGGGCCCGGGCCGGGGGCCGAGCGGUCCAGCAGGUACCAGCUGGAAGAUGAGUCUGCCCAUUUGGAUGAAAUGCCAUUAAUGAUGUCUGAAGAAGGCUUUGAGAAUGAUGAAAGUGAUUACCACAAAUUACCACGAGCUAGGAUCGUGCGAAGAAAGAGAGGCCUAGAGUGGUUUGUCUGUGGAGGAUGGAAGUUCCUCUGUACCAGUUGCUGUGAUUGGCUGAUAAAUAUUUGUCAAAGAAAGAAAGAAUUGAAAGCUCGUACAGUGUGGCUUGGAUAUCCGGAAAAGUGUGAAGAAAAACAUCCCAGAAAUUCUAUAAAAAAUCAGAAAUACAAUGUAUUUACCUUUAUACCUGGGGUUUUAUAUGAACAAUUCAAGUUUUUCUUGAAUCUCUAUUUUCUGGUAGUAUCCUGCUCACAGUUUGUGCCAGCAUUGAAAAUAGGCUAUCUCUACACCUACUGGGCUCCUCUGGGGUUUGUCUUGGCUGUUACUAUCAUGAGGGAAGCAAUUGAUGAAUUUCGGCGUUUUCAGCGAGACAAGGAAGUGAAUUCACAACUAUACAGCAAGCUUACAGUAAGAGGUAAAGUGCAAGUUAAGAGUUCAGACAUACAAGUUGGAGACCUCAUCAUAGUGGAAAAGGAUCAAAGAAUUCCAUCGGACAUGGUAUUUCUUAGGACCUCAGAGAAAGCAGGUUCAUGUUUUAUUCGAACUGAUCAACUCGAUGGUGAAACUGACUGGAAGCUGAAAGUGGCGGUAAGCUGCACGCAGAGGCUGCCGGCUCUGGGGGACCUUUUUUCUAUCAAUGCUUAUGUUUAUGCUCAGAAGCCACAACUGGAUAUUCAUAGUUUUGAAGGCACAUUUACCAGGGAAGAUAGUGAUCCACCCAUUCAUGAAAGUCUCAGCAUAGAAAAUACCUUGUGGGCAAGCACUGUUGUUGCAUCAGGUACUAUAAUAGGUGUUGUCAUUUAUACUGGAAAAGAGACUCGAAGUGUAAUGAACACAUCCAAUCCAAAAAAUAAGGUUGGUUUGCUGGACCUUGAGCUCAACCAGCUGACCAAAGCGCUGUUUUUGGCGUUGGUUGCCCUCUCGGUUGUCAUGGUGACCUUGCAGGGAUUCUCAGGUCCCUGGUACCGCAGUCUCUUCCGCUUUCUCCUGCUCUUCUCCUACAUCAUUCCCAUAAGUUUGCGUGUGAACCUGGACAUGGGCAAAGCCGCCUACGGGUGGAUGAUUAUGAAAGAUGAGAAUAUUCCCGGCACAGUGGUCCGGACCAGCACCAUCCCGGAGGAGCUGGGGCGCCUGGUGUACCUGCUGACCGACAAGACAGGAACCCUCACCCGGAACGAGAUGGUAUUUAAGCGGCUGCAUCUGGGCACCGUGUCUUACGGGACGGACACGAUGGAUGAGAUCCAGAACCAGCUCAUGAAUUCCUACUCACAGACGCAGUCUCAGGCCAGUGGAAACAACGCCAGUUCAACACUCCCAAGAAAAGCCCAGUCCUCAGCGCCCAAGGUCAGGAAAAGCGUGAGCAGCCGGGUCAACGAGGCCGUGAAGGCUGUCGCCCUGUGUCACAACGUGACCCCCGUGUACGAGGCCCGCGGCGCGGCCGGGGAGACCGAGUUCGCCGAGGCCGACCAGGAUUUCAGCGACGACAACCGCACCUACCAGGCCUCCAGCCCCGAUGAGGUGGCCCUGGUGCAGUGGACGGAGAGCGUCGGCCUCACUCUGGUCAACAGAGACCUCACGUCCAUGCAGCUGAGGACCCCCAGCGGCCAGAUCCUGACCUACUGCAUCCUGCAGACCUUCCCCUUCACGUCGGAGAGCAAGCGGAUGGGGGUCAUCGUCAGGGACGAGUCCACGGCAGAGAUCACAUUCUAUAUGAAAGGUGCCGACGUUGCCAUGUCCACCGUCGUCCAGUAUAAUGACUGGCUGGAGGAGGAGUGCGGCAACAUGGCCCGCGAAGGCCUGCGCACCCUCGUGGUGGCCAAGAGGGCGCUGACGGACGAGCAGUACCAGGACUUCGAGAACCGCUACAACCAGGCCAAGCUGAGCAUCCACGACAGGACGCUCAAGGUGGCCGCCGUGGUGGAGAGCCUGGAGCGGGAGAUGGAGCUGCUGUGCCUGACGGGGGUGGAGGACCAGCUGCAGACGGACGUGCGGCCCACCCUGGAGAUGCUGCGCAACGCGGGCCUCAAGAUAUGGAUGCUGACGGGCGAUAAACUGGAGACGGCCACGUGCAUCGCCAAGAGUUCUCACCUGGUGUCUCGAACACAGGACACGCACGUUUUCAGGCCGGUAACCAGUCGGGGAGAAGCCCAUUUGGAACUGAAUGCCUUUCGAAGGAAGCAUGACUGUGCACUGGUCAUAUCCGGGGACUCCUUGGAGGUCUGCCUGAAGUACUACGAGCACGAGUUCGUGGAGCUGGCCUGCCAGUGCCCGGCCGUGGUCUGCUGCCGCUGCGGGCCCACGCAGAAGGCCCACAUCGUCAAGCUGCUACAGCAGCACACGGGCAGACGCACGUGCGCCAUCGGUGACGGAGGGAACGACGUGAGCAUGAUCCAGGCAGCGGACUGCGGGAUCGGGAUCGAGGGGAAGGAGGGCCGGCAGGCCUCGCUGGCGGCCGACUUCUCCGUCUCGCAGUUCAAGCACAUCGGCCGCCUGCUCGUGGUGCACGGGCGCAGCAGCUACAAGCGGUCGGCGGCACUCAGCCAAUUUGUCAUGCACCGCGGCCUCAUCAUCUCCACGAUGCAGGCCGUGUUUUCCUCCGUCUUCUACUUCGCGUCCGUCCCUCUGUACCAGGGAUUUCUCAUGGUGGGGGCGCCCGCCCGGCAGCUGGGAAGCCCGUCCGCAGAGCGGCGGCCCGGGGCCCGUGGCGAAGGCUGUGCUCGUUGCGCUGCCAGGGCUACAAAGCGGGAGGCCUGUGUCAGACAAGAGUAGACCGGAGUUUCCUCCCCUCACCCUUCGUGACCGCGCCAGCAGGACACGGGUCUCCCGGCCUCAGCGUCUUCCCAGGUCGGCGGAGGACAAGCCAGCGGGUUAUCGCACCCCGUGGAGCCCGGUUCAAGGGCACGGUUACAUGCGUGUCGCCUGGCGGCUCCCCGAACCCCGAGAAUCCCGGGGAUUUCAGCGAGAGGCAUCGGGGGCAUCAGGGGCGCAACGUGGGCUGAUUUCAGGGUGAAGCUGUGCGGGCGAGGUCCCGUCGCGAGUGACGGGGCCCCCUCAGCCUCCCGUCCUAUGUCCUGGCCUCCUCCCCCCGGGCCAAGGGCGUCCGCUGCCUCCGCACACCCGUGUCUCCAGAGUGGACGUCAGAGCGAACUGGGGACCUGGUGGGACCAGCUCUGGGGGUGUCUGGGGGCGCAGGGCAGGCGGGAGGGGCGGCGGGAGGCUGGCGAGGGGUGGGCCGAGCCUGGGGUGUGGGCGCAGGAGAGCUUUCCAGGAAGAGGGAGCCCUGGGGCGGGUGCUUGUGCCCCGAAGAGGACGCUGAGCUCGGCAGCGGGGGGCCGGGGCAGUGGCGGGGGUGUGAGGUGAAGGUGCCGCUCUCCUGCCACGUGGACGCAUCCCUGAACGCCCGGCUUGCCGCCCAGGAGCCGCAGGGGCUGGAUCCCGGUCCCCCUCGCCCCGGGUCUCCAUCGUUUCUCCCCUCCUCCCCUGGCUCCUGUGUGGCUUGAGCUGUUGAACAGUUUAGGUUCUUGUGGAAAUUAGAGCCUAUCCUUCCCCAUGGAACUCAUGCGGACCCUGCCCAGGUCCCUGGAGGCCGAGGGGAAGCACUGCCCCUCCCCCGUCCCCAGGCCCAGGUCAGGAUAAAGGCUUCACUGCGACUGGCUGUGGGGCUGGGCCUUGCGCCUGUUCAGGCAGCCUGCCCUUAAUCGCAGCAGGAGUUCCUAGAGUCCUUCAAAGAGAGGGAAAAGCCUAAAGGUACAGAAAGCUACAAAUUUUUUUACAUCUUCCCGUUGCUUGCUUAAGCCUUUGCAAUAAUUAUCACAUUAAUUCCUCUGAACAGCACAGAAUUUGCAGUAAUGCUGGUUAUGCCUUGAGUUCGUCCGGUGCAUUUCUUCCUUGGAUGCCAAAGAAAAAGCAUAACCAUUCUCACUUUCCAUUUUUCUAAGUAUGGAUUUGAAAGUUUAAAAGGAAAUUUUAAGGGGCAGAGGUGAUUACUCCUUAGAUAAGAACUGCCUGAGUUCAUGGAAUUACAACCCUAGGCCUGAUUUCGUUUCCCGUGUGCAGCCUGAGCCCUGUCAGCAUAAGCACGCAUUAUUUUUAAAGCUCCUAUUUAUUAUCAGACUUCACUGAAAGUUUUAUUUAAAGUUUCUCUGCAUGUCCAUCACUUAAACGAGGCGCCUGUAAUUCUCUGAAGCAUUAGUUCCUUGGAUUUGGCAGGAAUGGAGGGAGAUGCUUCUAAGUUAAGCUUCUUCAAAAAUAAAUAAUAAAAUAGUUUUGCCCUCACCUAGAAAACAAAUAUAAAGAACUGGGCGGGAAGCAAUGUGGUGUUUUUAUCAAAUAAAAUCUAACCAGACCAAACUACUGACCUUCCAUGAUGGAAUAACUGGCUCUAGAAACUACAGGACAGUUGAUAGAAUUCCGUUCCACCUAUGUACGGUUUUUAUCCGAGUUCAUUUCAUUAGCUUUCUAGGGAUUGGUGACCCAGGUGAGGCCCACCCGCACUGCUGGUUACUUCACGGAAGGAAGCUCGUGCCGAGGCCGCCCCGGUUCCCCCUGGAGCCCACCAGGCGGCACCUGGCCCACUCCCCUCACUUAGCCUUCGGUUGCGUCUGCCCACAUACCUGAGGUCCUGGGAGGGGCUGUGCCCUACCUCCACACGCCUCCCUCGGCAGGUCCUCUGGGGAAGCACCGUGCAUCCUGGCCCCACUUAGCGUUCACGGGCGUCAGCACAUCCAGGGUUCUGUGAGACCCGCUCCACAUGGUCGAGCCAAACCCCUCCUGUGCCCGACAGCUGCCGAUGUCCCGUGUUCAGGCAGCAUCCUUGGAGACACGCAGGUCUGCUCUAGCUGAGGUGUCCCUCUCGUGAUGGCCACAGCUCCCAGAAGGCACCCCCGGGCCAUCACAGGUAUGCAUCCUCGCAGGGGAUUUCAGUGGGGAGCCUGAGGAUGCACGUGGGAAAACUACCAGAUGCCGUCUUCACAGGGUGCCAGGAGGGCACGUGACAUCUGAGGAAGAGUCCUGAGCUGCAAGCAGGAGCCUGGGCGAGUGAUUGAGGAGGUGGGCUCGCAGCCCGUCACCGAGGGGCACCACGGAGCGACAGGAAAUGCCCUGUCCUCCCAGCCCACGCGACUGGAAGACAGGGUGAGGUACAGGGAAAAGCUGUUUUCGGACUGUGGACACCAGGCAGCAGGCACUGAGGCCGGAGACAAGGGAAGCUGGCAGAAUUCACAGCUGGAAAUCCCUGGAACCUUGGGGGUAAAGAUUCCUUAGGCACAAAAUGCGUGAACUGUCACAGGAGAAAUUGACAAGAUGGACUUCAUCAAAAUUAAGUCUUCGCUCCUCUAAAGACAAUAUUAAUCAAAUGAAAAGGCAGGCUGGGAACCAGUCUUUUCAGUACCUAUAUCUGAUAAGAGCUCUGUACCCAGAAUGUUCCAUGAUCUCCAAACAACUCAAUCUUUUAAGAAAAGGCUAAAGAUUUGAACGUACAUCACAAAAGAAGAUGUAAGAAUAGCCAGUAAGCACACGAAAAUAUAUUAACAUCAUUAGUUACAGGAAAUGGAAAUUUUAACCCCACCUAGAGGCCAAGUUAAGACAGACCGCGCCAAGUGUCAGCAGGAAGCUGGGGCUCCCGGGACUUACAGCUCCUGGCCGGAGUGCACAAUGGUGAAACGAGCCCGGAAGACAAGUUGGUCGGUUUUUCAUACGAUUAAGCAUAUGGCCCAGCAACCCUCCCCUCCGAAGCCUGCUCCUCCUUUAUU